GAAAAUAUUUAGCUCCGCGAGCGACCUGCUGCGGCGGUGAAGAGAACCAGCGAAGCGACGCACGACACAGGACAGUAUUUCUACAUUACCUACUUGACACUGCUCGUUUCCCAUGUUGAUUAUCGGCCUCCUGCCCCUCCUCCUGUGGCCGGGCCCUGGUUGCCGUGCGGCUGACAUUCUGGAGGACACCACGGCAAAGUUCUCUGUCAGACUGUACCACCAGCUGCAGGCGCGUGGGGGGGACGACAACAUCAUCUUCUCCCCCCUCAGUGUGGCUGUGGCCCUGGGCAUGGUGGAGCUGGGGGCCCGCGGGGCCUCCCUCACACAGAUACGCCAUGCUGUCGGCUUCAGCCACCUACCGACAGAUGAGGAGUUCUCUCUGCUCCAGAACCUGACAGGUGCUCUGUCUGAAGACGACGCAAACUACAUCAUCCGAUUGGCCAACUCCCUCUUCCUGCAGAGCGGCGUGACCUUUAACCCGGAGUUCCUGCGGCUGAUGAGGAAGUACUUCGGGGCGGAGGUGGAGACGGUGGACUUCAGCGAAUCAGCCGCCGUGGCAGAGCAGAUCAAUGGCUGGGUGGAGAACCACACUGACAGUAAGAUCCGUGACCUGCUGUCAGCUGAUGACUUCAGCAGUGUGACCCAGCUGACCCUGGUCAACGCGGUGUACUUCCGGGGCAGCUGGAAGAACCAGUUCAGACCGGAAAACACCAGAACCUUCUCCUUCAGCAAAGACGAUGGGAGCGAGGCCCAGACACACAUGAUGUACCAGCAGGGAGACUUCUACUAUGGUGAGUUCAGUGAUGGUUCAUCUGAGGCAGGUGGUGUGUACCAGGUGUUGGAGAUGCCCUAUGAAGGAGAGGACAUGAGCAUGCUGGUGGUGUUACCCAGACAGGAAGUCCCUCUGGCAGUCCUGGAGCCAAUCAUCAGAGCCCCUCUCUUGGAGGAAUGGGCCAACAACGUCAAGAGGCAGAAGGUGGAGGUCUACCUGCCCAGGUUUAAGGUUGAGCAGAAGGUAGAUCUGAAGGAGACUCUGCAGGAUCUGGGCAUCAAGAACAUCUUCACUAGAGAUGCUGACCUGUCCGCCAUGACAGACGGUAAGGACCUGUUCAUUGGGAAGGCGGUGCAGAAGGCCUACCUGGAGGUGACAGAGGAGGGGGCGGAGGGAGCUGCAGGAUCAGGAAUGAUAGCCCUCACCAGGACUCUGGUUCUGUACCCUCAGGUCAUGGCUGAUCAUCCCUUCUUCUUCAUCAUCAGAAACCGCAGGACAGGUUCUAUCCUGUUCAUGGGCAGGGUUAUGACGCCAGAGGUCAUUGAGCCUACCGACUUCGACAAUGACUCCAUGUAACUAUGAAGACGGCCAAUUGGAUUCCAGUGUGCUGCUAUCCUGCUAUGAGGUCAUAUGCUCAAAACCAAUCAGAUCCAGGCAAAACGAGGCCAUAAACACAACCUUUCCUCUCCCCAUCGCUGGCUGUGUUUUUAUACUCUUAUCGAGAAUAUAUAUUAUUCCUAUUCUAUAUAUUAUAUAUACAUAUAAUGUGACUGUGUUUUGAUACUGUAAGCUUUAACCACAAGAGAGAAGGAGAGAGCUGUAAAUACACAACAUGACCAAAAGUAUGUGGACACCUGCUCAUCGAACAUCUCAUUCCAAACUCAUGGGCAUUAAAAUGGAGUUGGUCCCCCCUUUGCUGCCAUAACAGCCUCCACUCUUCUGGGAAGGCUUUCCACUAGAUGUUGGAACAUUGCUGCCAUAACAGCCUCCACUCUUCUGGGAAGGCUUUCCACUAGAUGUUGGAACAUUGCUGCUAUAACAGCCUCCACUCUUCUGGGAAGGCUUUCCACUAGAUGUUGGAACAUUGCUGCCAUAACAGCCUCCACUCUUCUGGGAAGGCUUUCCACUAGAUGUUGGAACAUUGCUGCUAUAACAGCCUCCACUCCUCUGGGAAGGCUUUCCACUAGAUGUUGGAACAUUGCUGCCAUAACAGCCUCCACUCUUCUGGGAAGGCUUUCCACUAGAUGUUGGAACAUUGCUGCCAUAACAGCCUCCACUCUUCUGGGAAGGCUUUCCACUAGAUGUUGGAACAUUGCUGCUAUAGCAGCCUCCACUCUUCUGGGAAGGCUUUCCACUAGAUGUAGGAACAUUGCUGCUAUAACAGCCUCCACUCGUCUGGGAAGGCUUUCCACUAGAUGUAGGAACAUUGCUGCUAUAACAGCCUCCACUCUUCUGGGAAGGCUUUCCACUAGAUGUUGGAACAUUGCUGCUAUAACAGCCUCCACUCCUCUGGGAAGACGUUCCACUAGAUGCUGGAACAUUGCUGCUAUAACAGCCUCCACUCUUCUGGGAAGGUUUUCCACUAGAUGUUGGAACAUUGCUGCUAUAACAGCCUCCACUCCUCUGGGAAGACGUUCCACUAGAUGCUGGAACAUUGCUGCUAUAACAGCCUCCACUCAUCUGGGAAGACGUUCCACUAGAUGCUGGAACAUUGCUUUGGGGACUUACUUCCAUUCAGUCACAAGAGCAUUAAUGAGGUCAGGCACUAAUGUUAGGUGAUUAGGCCUGGCUCACGGUCGGCGUUACAAUUCAUCCCAAAGGUGUUCGAUGGGGUUGAGGUCAGGACUCUGUGCAGGCCAGUCAAGUUCUCUCACACUGAUCUCGACAAACCAUUUCCGUAUCGCUUUGUGCACGGGGGCAUUGUUAUGCUUAAACAGGAAAGGGCCUUCCCCAAACUGUUGCCACAAAGUUGGAAGCACAGAAUUGUCUAGAAUGUCAUUGUAUACUGUAGCGUUAAUAUUUCUCUUCACAGGAACUAAGGGGUCUAGCCUGAACCGUGAAAAACAGCACCAGACCAUUAUUCCUCAUCCACCAAACUUUACAGUUGGCACUAUGCAUUGGGGCAGGUAGUGUUCUCCUGGCAUCCGCCAAACCCAGAUUCGUCCGUCAGACUGCUAGAUGGUUAAGCAUGAUUCAUCGCUCCAGAGAAGGCGUUUCCACUGCUCCACAGACCAAUGGCGGCGAGCUUUACACCACUCCAGCCGAUGCUUAGCAUUCCGCAUGGUGAUCUGAGGUAUUGUGUGCGGCUUCUCGGCCAUGGAAACUCAUUUCAUGAAGCUCCCGACAAACAGUUCUUGUGCUGACGUUGCUUCCAGAGGCAGUUUGGAACUCGGUAGUGAGUGUUGCAACCGAGGACAGAAGUUGUACACGCUACGAACUUCAGCACUCAGCAGUCCCGUUCUGUGAGCUUGUGUGGCCUACCACUUUGCAGCUGAGCCGUUGUUGCUCCUAGACAUUUCCACUUCACAAUAACAGCACUUAGUUGACCGGGGCAGGUCUAGCAGGGCAAACAUUUGAGGAACUGAAUUGUUGGAAAGGUGCACGUUGAAAGUCACUGAGAUCUUCAAGACGGAUCAUUCUACUGCCAAUGUUUGUCUAUGGAGAUUGCAUGGCUGUGUGCUCGAUUUUAUUACGCUUGUCAGCAACGGGUGUGGUUGAAAUAGCCGAAUUCGCUAAUUUGAAUGGGUGUCCACAUACUUUUGAAAAUAUUAAGGAAAAGUAAUGUUUUCUAUUAUCUAUUGGAUCAGUAGAAAUAAAUUAUAUAUCCAUGCACUGCUCCUUUAAAUUCACUAGCCUCACACACACACACACACACACACACACUGUCGUUUUAAGGUGUGUCUCCCAAACCACCACCAUCAUGUCCUUGUACAUUAACUACUGUCUUAGAUACCAGACUAGAUAUUUAUUGCAACAACAACAACAACAACAAAAAUGUGUGCAGAUAAUUUAUGUAUUUAAUCACACAGAAUCUUAGUAAUUCUAUCUUGGUUCCUCUUUUUUUCUCUUUUUUAUGCUAAAAGUACUUGGUUACAAUCCUGAUGAACUAAUAUGCCUUAUGAGUUGUUGAUUUUAGUGGAGGUGUUUUUUAGCAGGUAGGUGAACAGGUUGCUAAGAGGUGUGUGCAGUUGGAGACGGCGAUGAAACGAGGAGAAAUUAUAAACACCAGCUGUAUUUACUCUUUUACUUGAAAAUUAAAUAUCAUCGUGUUCCAGUUACAAUUGUCUGGUGUCUUUUUGUAUAUAAUUGUAUAUAAUUGUAUUUGGUAACACUACUUUAUAUUAAAUUGCUCUUA